AGCUGGGGCUGGGUGGAUGCCCGGAUGUGGACGAGAGCAAGUGUGUGUCACGUGACGUCGUCCGACGAGACGGGGCUCUGCCUGCGCAGGUGGUGUUGGGUGCGACAACCAACCAAUGGAUGAGCGAGGCGGAGAAUUUCGAAUGUGGCGGCGGAAGUUGCCGGCGACGGGAGACGGUGCUACGGCCCUGUAGGGCCCAGCGCGCGGGGCUCGUGCGUGGCGGGAGAUCCUUGAAGAGCCUUGAAAUGUGAGGAGGAGGAAGAUAGGUGUUGCAGAAGUAGUGACCAAGGCAGAAGAUGGCCAAGGAAAGGUGCCUGAAAAAGUCCUUUCAAGAGAGUCUUGAAGACAUAAAGAAGAGAAUGAAAGAGAAAAGGAAUAAAAACUUGGCAGAGAUUGGCAAACGCAGGUCUUUUAUAGUUGCACCAUGCCAAGCAAUCACCAACACUUCUACACUGCUGAAAAAUUACCAAGACAACAACAAAAUGUUAGUUUUAGCUUUGGAAAAUGAAAAAGCCAAAGUGAGAGAAGCCCAAGAUACCAUCCUACAGCUGAGAAAAGAAUGUUACUAUCUCACAUGUCACCUACAUGCAUUGAAAGGAAAACUUAGAUCACAACAAACAAAAGAACCUGCUCAGAACCAGGAAAUAUACUCUUCUGGAAUGGACCCCAAUAGUGAUGACAGCUCCAGAAAUUUAUUUGUGAAAGAUUUACCGCAAAUUCCUCUUGAAGAAACUGAACUUCCAGUACAAGCAGAAUCAUUUCAAAUAGAAGACCGGAUACCUACUAUUCCUCAAGACACGCUGGGAUAUGAUUUUGAUUCAGGUGAAGCUAAGUCCACUGAUAAUAUCUUACCUAGAACUGUAUCUGUCCGUAGAAGUUUAAAGAAACAUUGUAGUAGUGUAUGUCCGUUUGAUAGCUUGGAUGAUUUUGGUUUUGAAACCAGUCAUUUGGCAGGGAAGUCUUUUGAAUUGGAAAGAGUUAGAUUUUUAGAUCCACUAGUAAAGGUGCACAUACCUCAAAAUGUACAACACAAUGUUUGUCACUGGAACACAGACCAAGUUAACUUACCACCAAAGCUGAUUCAGCCAGCAACAUUUACUAAAACAAAAGAAGACUUUUUAGAAUCUAAAUCCGAACAAACUAAAAGUAAGCAAAGAGAUGCACAAGAAAGAAAAGGAGAAGAGAAAAGAAAAGCUAACAGGAGAAAAUCAAAACCUAUGUCAAAAUAUAAAAAAAAUAAAAGCAAAAAUAAAAAAACUGUUUACAAAAAAGAAAUGCACAAAUCUUCCAAUGAUGCUUACAACUUCAAUUUGAAAGAAGGUGUUCAUCUUACUCCUUUCCGACAAAAAAUGAGCAAUGACUCUAAUAGAGAAGAAAACAAGUCUGAAGUGAGCAUCUGUGAAUCAAGUGGUUCAGGAGAUGAUUCCGAUGACCUCUAUCUGCCCACUUCCAAGUGCAUUCAGAAUCCCACCAGUGAUUCAGAUAGACCAGUCACCAGGCCUCGAUCUAAAAGAGCACUGAAAUACACGGAUGAAAAAGAGACAGAGGGUUCUAAGCCAACAGAAACUCCUACCAGUAUACCACCUGAAACUCACCAGUCACCUCAUCUUAGCCUGAAGGAUAUCACCAAUGUAUCCUUGUAUCCUGUUGUGAAAAUCAGAAAGCUUUCUCUUUCUCCAAAAAAGAAUAUAGCAAGCCCAGCAGUGUCUCUACCUAAACGUAGGUGUACAGUCAGUGUGAACUAUAAGGAGCCGACCCUCGUUUCGAAGCUGAGAAGAGGAGACCCUUUUACAGAUUUAUGUUUCUUGAAUUCUCCUAUUUUCAAACAAAAAAAGGAUUUGAGACGUUCUAAAAAAGUAUGAAACAAAUACAAUGAAGGUUUUGUUGGAUAGUGUUUAAAUUGAAUCUACACUUCUUUCUAUUGCUUCAAGAGAAGAUCUGUAAGAGUACACAAACGGAGUGAGCUAUUGCCAUAGAAUAUUCUCUUAACAUUACCCUAGCUCAUAAACAUUUCUUCAGAACUAUGCUUCAAAUGGGAUGUUUUGUAUUAAAACGUUAAUAAAGUUAAUUUAUUUUUUCUUUUGAAUACAAAUAACUGAACUUAAGCAUUAUCAUCAUAAAGAUUUCUUAUGGUGCCCGAGCCUCUUAAUUUUUCUUUAUCCAUCAGUGAACAUUUAAGUUUGUAUAUCUUUGAAGAAACAUCUAUUCAAAUUCAAUACGUUGUUUUUUGUUGUGUUUUAGUUCUAUAUAUAUAUUAGAUAUUAGUCCCUUAUCAGAUAUGAUUUCCAAAUGUCCUCCCCCAUUCUGUGGGUUACCUUUUUACUCUUGAUAAUGUCCUUUGAUGUACAAUAGAUCUGAAACUUGAA